UCUUGAAUUUUUUACGACUUCACCGAAAUCUCAAUGACAGACAAUUUCUUCAAUUAAAGUCAAUAAUACAUACUUAUUUUUUCCUAAAUAGUUUUAUCUUUUAUAAUAAUGGCAAGUGCUUCGCCAAAUUCCAACGAAGAGACUGAGCUUACGAUGUGUGAUGUUCUUGAAGAAGAACAAGAACUUGAAGAGGAUGCGAAUGCUGUUUUAGGCGGGAGUGAUGAUACUAAUUGUUCCUAUGACAAAGGGUAUGUACCAAGACAAGCACUGUAUGCCUGUACUACUUGCUCUGUUAAUGGUGAAGGAGGUGUCUGUUUAGCUUGUUGUUAUGCUUGUCAUGAUGGUCACGAAGUAGUAGAACUUUACACCAAGCGAAAUUUUAGAUGUGAUUGCGGAAAUAGUAAGUUCAAUGGUAAGGCUUGCACUUUAAAACCAGACAAAGAUGCAGUGAACUGUAAAAAUAAAUAUAAUCAGAAUUUUAAAGGGCUUUAUUGCAGUUGUAGCCGACCAUAUCCAGAUACGGAGGAUGAUACUCCUGAUGAAAUGAUUCAGUGCGUUAUGUGUGAAGACUGGUAUCAUGGACGACAUUUAGGGGUUAAAAUUCCUGAGGAUUAUUUUGAAAUGAUUUGUUAUAAUUGCAUGGAAGCUCAUAAGUUUCUUUAUGUAUAUUUGAAUAAGCAUGAGAUGAAAGUUGAUCCGAAUUCCAGUACCAAAGCUGAUGUGGACCAAAAGAAAACUAAAAUUGAAAAUAUUCCUUUGAAAUCGGAAUCUGUUGCAAAUGGGCAUGCUUCUAAAGAAGAAGAAUUUAUAGAUGUUAUCAAAGUGGAAGAAAGUGACAACUGUUCUAUUGAACAAGAAGUAAAAGUUGAUGAAAAAGCCGACAGUGCUUCCAUAAAAGAGGGACCUAUUGUAAAAUCUGAGGCAAAAGACUGUGAUUCAUCUCCUGAACUAAUCUAUCCAAGUUCUUCCAAUGAUAAAGAGUUAAAUCAUCAAAAUGGCACAACUGAUAAAGGAGCAGCUAUGCAAAUAAAAACUGAGUGUAAUGGUGAUUCUAAAGUACAGUGCAUCUUGAAAGGCAUCAAUGUUGACCAAUCUAUUUCAAGUGGUACUGCAUUUUGGCCAGAAAACUGGCGAAAUGAGUUGUGUCGGUGCUCUGAUUGUAUGGCUAUGUAUGAAAAAUACCAGUGUGUGUUUUUAUUAAAUCCUGAUGAUACCAUUCAGGCUUAUGAGGAACGAGGAAAGGGAGGAUCGAAAGAAAGUCAAUAUGACAGAGGAUUGUCGGCACUUGGUCGACUGGAUCGUGUGAAGCAAAUGGAGGCAGUCCGUGCUUACACGAAUAUGAAAGGCGAGUUGAAAGAAUAUCUUAAGCAGUUUGCUGAGAAUAAAAGAACAGUUUGUGAAAGUGAUAUUAAAGAAUUUUUUGAACGUAUAAGUAAGAAACAAAAACUAAGCAAUGGAGUGCCUUAUUUUUGUCGUUAACUUUUAAACUUCAUUUCAUAGAAUAAAUAUUGUCUGUAGUGAAAAAUUUUGUUGCCCAGUCAUUUUAUAGCUAAAUAUCUCAUUCAUUAAAUUUUAAUAUGUUAUAUACAGAUGUGGUUUUCUUCUAAAAUUUGCGUAUAUAUUACUUCAUAAAAGUUUACAUUUAAAUAUUGACUCUUAAAUAAAGUUUUUUAAAAUAACUUAUGAAAUACUCAUUGCAGUUUCAUUGUCAUGUGUCAUUUUAUCUUUAAGUGAUAUUUUAUUAAGAUAAACAAUUACAAUAUUAAUGUUAUCAGUUGUUAUUAAAUCCAGUAUUACCAACAAUUAUUAAUACUGCCAGUUACUUUUUUAUUAAUUAUUCUAUGAUAUAUUAAGUUUGUAAUUAUUAAAGAUGAAAAAUGUUUUCAUUAAGUGCAAGUAAAAUAUGAAAGUUAAUAUUAUACUGCAGUAUGUUAUCUUUAAUUACGUGUUGUUAAAAGUAGUUAUAAAUUUAAAAUCCAGAAAGGGAAAAAUGUAUAACA